CCUCUCUCUCUCUUCUCUCGACUCCCCAAAGUUCAAGUAUCCAGGGUAUCUCAAAUUCAAAAAUUAGGGCAUCAAUUUCUUGAACUUCUUGAUCAGAUUCUGGGAUAAUGGCUUGUCCAAAUAUCCUCAUGGCGAAUUUAGAUACGGAUAGAGCAGAAACGAAACCAAGAUCUUUAAAUCCUAAUCAAGAAACGUCGUCAUCAUCGUCGAGAUCGAUUAAUGAAACUGUGAAUGGUUCACACGAGUAUACGAUCAAAGGGUAUUCUUUGGCUAAAGGAAUGGGUACUGGUAAAUACAUACAAAGCGAUACAUUUACAGUUGGUGGUUACGAUUGGGCAAUCUACUUCUACCCAGAUGGGAAGAAUCCUGAAGAUAGUUCGGUUUAUGUCUCGGUGUUUAUUGCGUUAGCUAGUGAGGGUACUGAUGUUAGGGCGUUGUUUGAACUGACAUUAUUGGAUCAAAGUGGUAAAGGGAAACAUAAAGUUCAUAGCCAUUUUGAUCGUGCACUUGAAAGCGGUCCUUAUACGUUGAAAUAUCGAGGAAGCAUGUGGGGAUAUAAGCGGUUCUUCAAAAGGUCAACUCUGGAAUGCUCUGAUUUUCUCAAGGAUGACUGUCUCGCUAUGCAUUGCACCGUGGGUGUUGUCAGAAGUCGUACUGAAGGGCCGAAACAUUGUAGUGUUACUGUUCCUCCAUCAGAUAUGGGUCAGAGCCUGAAGACUUUGCUGAAAUCGGGUACUGCUACUGAUGUUACAUUUGAGGUCGGUGAUGAAACAUUUAAAGCGCAUAAGCUGGUGCUUGCUGCUCGAUCUCCUGUUUUUAGAGCCCAAUUCUUUGGAUUGGUUGGAGACACAAAUAUGGAUAAGGUAGUCACGGAGGAUGUUGAGCCCUCAGUUUUUAAGGCUAUGCUGCUGUUUAUGUACUCAGAUGAGCUUCCUGAUGCAAAUGAAGUAUCUGGCUUCGACUCUUCUUGCUCUUCAACUGUAAUGGUGCAGCAUCUAUUAGCUGCAUCAGAUCGAUUUGGUCUAGAUCGGUUGAAAUUCUUGUGUGAGGCAAAAUUAUGUGAAGCAGUUACAACUGACACGGUUGCAACUACAUUGGCCCUAGCUGAACAACACAGUUGCUCACAGCUGAAAACUGUUUGUCUCAAAUAUGCAGCUAAGCCAGGAAAUUUAGGAGCGGUGAUGCAGACUGAAGGGUUUGCUUAUCUGGAGGAGAGUUGUCCCUCAUUACUGUCAGAGUUGCUGGAGACAGUUGCAGUUGUCGAUGAUGAGUCGCGCCAACCCAGCAAGAAACGGCAUCCAAACAGCAGCAACAUCAGCCCCAACAUUGUCCCAGAUGAGGUCCCAGUUGAUGCUAUUGCUAGGCGUACGAGAAGGCGACUGCAGUAACUGUUACUUUUAGUCUCUCUCAGAGGUCAACUUGGAGGUUUGAUGAGGUCCCAAUUGACGCUAUUGCUAGGCGCACGAGAAGGCGACUGCAGUAACUGUUACUUUUAGUCUCUCUCGGAGGUCAACUUGGAGGUUUGGGGUGUACGUUUUUUGUAAAUACAUAUCCACGGGUCUCUUACUGUCCAAUGUGUGGUGCCUAGCUGUUUCUAAUUUGUCCGAAAUCAAGCUGGUUUGUCCGAAAUAUCCACGGGUCUCUUACUGUCCAAUGCGGUACACAGUACCGUAUAGCCCAUUGGUGCCUAGCUGUUCCCAAUUUGUCCGAAAUCAAGCUGGUUUAUGUUUGUUAGUAGAUUUUUGAAAUCAAUGAAAUGAGCUUUUAUCGUAAACAUAAAGAGUCUAGGAACUGAAUAGAAAAUUAAUUGAUUAAAAGUUUAGCUUUUUGUAAACUUGAAAUUUAGAAAUUGUAAAAUGGUGUUGUCUUU